GUCAUUUUUAAAGUACACACGUGGUUGAGAAAUAUUUUUGAAAAAACACAUUAUUCCACCUUUUUUCUUAAACUUAGAACAUUUUAGUGUGAUCGCACCGUUCAAAGAUGGGGAAGAAGGUAAAGACUGGAAAAUCCAGAAAGGAUAAGUUCUACCAACUCGCAAAAGAAACUGGUUAUCGAGCCAGAUCAUCGUUCAAGCUUCUUCAGUUGAACAGGAAGUUUCAGUUCCUGCAGAAGUCACGUGUGUUGAUAGAUCUCUGUGCUGCCCCAGGAUCAUGGUGUCAAGUAGCAGCCCAGCACAUGCCCAUAUCAAGUCAGAUUAUAGGUGUGGAUCUUGUUGCCAUUAAGCCAAUACCAAAUGUAAUCUUACUGCAGGAUGAUAUCACAACAGAAUCCUGUAGACAGAAACUAAAGAAGGAGCUACAGACAUGGAAGGCUGAUGUAGUUCUCAAUGAUGGUGCUCCAAAUGUGGGAAAGAACUGGAUCUAUGAUGCAUUCUCUCAGUCCCAGCUGACUCUUCAGGCUAUGAAGCUUGCCACAGAGUUUCUCAGGAAAGGAGGUUGGUUCAUCACAAAGGUGUUCCGCUCCAAAGAUUAUCACUCCCUCAUGUGGGUCUUUAAACAGCUGUUCAAGAAAGUACAUGCCACAAAGCCGCAAGCAUCCAGAAAUGAGUCUGCCGAAAUCUUCAUCGUAUGCCAAGGUUACCUGGCCCCUGACAAGCUUGACCCAAAGUUCACAGACCCCAAACAUAUAUUUAAUGAAUUUGAGGGAGAUGAUAACCCAAACAAGUUGAACCUGCUCCACCCAGAGAAACAAAAUAGGCAAAGGGAGGGUUACGCAGAUGGAGAUUUGACUUUAUACCACACUCUGGAUGCUUCUAAGUUCAUUAGCAGUUCGGGACAUCUGGAGCUUUUAGCAGUUGCCAAUGAGAUUGUAUUAGAUGAUGAGAUCCUAGUAAAGCACAAAGCUACUACAGAUGAAAUCAAGGAAUGUUGCAAAGACAUAAAGGUGCUGGGGAGGAAAGAGAUCAAGAUGCUGUUAGGCUGGAGGUCCAAGAUACGCAAAUGGCUGGAGGAAAAAACCAAAGAAGAUACAGUUGAAAAGGAGGUGGAGCAAGAAGGAGAAGAGGAAAGCAGUGAUGAGGAUGAUAUGGAGAAGAUACAAGAACGAUUGAAAACUAUGAAAGAAGCUGAUGCCAAAGAAAUAAAAAAGAAACGUAAGAAAGUGAUGAAAGAGAAGAGAAAGCUGAGAGACAAACUGCAACUGAAGAUGGUCAUCCCUGGUGAUAAACUAGAUAUGAACGAUGAUAAUGUAUUGUUUGACCUAGAUAAGGUUAAAGGAAAAAAGGGUUUGGGAGAUAUUGAAGAUGGAGACAUAGGUGUUGACUAUGAGAGUGACGCAAGUGAUGAAAGUGACAUUGAAACAAACAAGAAAAAGAUGAUUCCUUACAACCGACAUGAAGAUAAUGAUUACAUGGGAGAAGAGGCUGAACUUGAAUUUGAAAGUGAUGAUGAUGAUGCCAGUGAUGAGGAGGAAGAUGGAACCGCCCAUGAGGAGGAACAUGGAACAGCCAACCCUUUGCUGGUUGACCUUGAAAAUAAAGAUUCUAGGAUGAAAAAUAAAAUGGACUUAUGGUAUAGCAAGGAUGUGUUUAAAGACCUUGAUCUUGAUGAAGAUGAGGAUGUUGAGAUUGAGAGAGCAGUUGAAGUCCAUAAAAAGAAAGGAGGAGUUAUAAUAGGACAAGAAGAAAAGAAAAUAGAAAAAUCGAAAAAGAAAAAACAAAAGAAAAAUAAAACUGACGAGGGCUCUAAACCUGAACCAAUUAUAGAAAAUAAUUCUGAAGUUGACUCGGGACACGAAAGUGAACAAGAAAAUGAUGAGGAUUCAGACUCUGACAGUUCUUCAUCUGAUUCUGAUGAGGAGAAUUAUGGCAUCGAUGCCAGGAUGAACACUGCAAGUCAAAAUGGUGGAUCGGCAACUGGAAAGAAAAGAAAAAAUAAAGAUGGAUUUGAAAUUGUGCCAAAACAGGUAUUAGACCCUACAGAACUGGCCCUUGGAGAAGAGAUGGUGAAAUCCAAGAAAAGACGGAGAGAGAUAAUUGAAGACUCAUUCAACAGGUAUACCUUUGAUGAUGAAAAUUUACCCGAUUGGUUCAUGAAUGACGAGAAGAAACACCGUAAACGCCAUCUCCCCGUCACUAAAGAACAAGUCCAAGCCUAUAAGGAACGUAUGAAAGCCAUUGAUGCAAGACCAAUAAAGAAAGUAGCGGAAGCCAAAGGCAGGAAGAAAAUGAAGGAAGUGCGUAGAUUAGAGAGGGCACGUAAAAAAGCUGAAACUGUCUCGGAGACGCAAGAUGUCAGUGAUAAAGAAAAAUGGAGUCAAAUCAAAGCGAUCUACAAAAAAGCGGGACUUUUAAAGAACAAGAAGAAGGACCUCACAUAUGUUGUUGCUAAGCGAGGAACUGGGAAGAAGGUCUCGAGACCAGCUGGUGUCAGAGGACAGUUCAAAGUUGUUGACCCGAGAAUGAAAAAAGACAAUAUGAGAGAGAAAAAUUCAAGUGGAAAGAAACAGAAAUCAAAGGGUGGGAGGCAAAGAGCGGCGAAGGGGGGUAAAAAGGGAGGCAAGAGGUGAUCUUUGAGUGAAAUACAUAUGAAGUUGAGAAUUAAUUGAUAACAAAGAGGGCAUUGUCCCAGGCAUAGCUCAAGGGUAUGAGGUUUGAUAGGAAUUCAGAUGCAGUACCCAACUACGGUUGUGUCAGAUGGCGCAAUGUAUCGUUAUAUACAAGUAAUAGGAGGCAAUUUGAAAUUAAUAAUUUCUAUACAUGUGUGAAUUACUUUCAAGUUUGAAGCGUGUACUGUUGGGAAAGGAACGUAGUCAUACAAUGUCAUAGAGAAUUACAGAAUUUGUGAUCUGCAACAUGAGAAACACAUACAGGGUGUCCAUAACAUCUCUUUACUCCCCUGCCAUAAGCACAUCCUUGAUCAGGUUCAGAAUGAACAAUGAAGAAACUUAAAAUAAUGUCACUUACUGUUACUAUAGUAUGAAGUACAUGUACAAGCCAUAUUGUAUGCUGAAAUACAUGCUUUAUUUAAUGGUGAAUUUUUAGUUUUUUAAAUGGAUGAAGUUGCAUUUAUUAAGAAUUAAAUGUAUAGUUUAAGUAUAAAUGAAAUAAAAAAGACUAUUA